CUGUUGGAGCCCGGAAGAGUUGAGCAUGGUGAUGAAGAUGAUCGAACCGAGAUUGAGGAGAGAGACGUGAGUCUCACCGAUAAAGCCUCCCGUUUGUGUUUCCCUGCGACAUCUGUCCGUGUCUGACAGUCCCUGCUGGAAGACAGGAGGGCGAUAUUAGUGUUUCUCCACUGAGUAGCUGGGCCACGAGGCUACAUGGUGUGUGUGUCCUACUCAGAGUGUGGAUGUGCGGGUGUCCAGAGAUGGAAAGCUAUGAGGAGUUCUGUCUGCGGAGUCUGGCAUUAUUGCAGGAGGAGGGGAAAUUCAAGAAGACUACAUGCGAGCCAUCAUGUUCCCUGAAGGCUCGCUCUGUCAUCCACUUCUAUGGAAGAGCUGUGCUUUCACCUCUGGUGCUUAAAGUACCAGAUGAAGAGGUUGACAAGUUGCCAGUUUCUAAAUCUGCAACAGUCAACGGCUACACUCUGGUCACUGACUCGCCUGGGCUCCCCAAAGAUGCUGGAUUUGGGGUUCAGACAAAUAGUCAUUGUGCUGCUCCAUGCUCUGAGAUUCCUGUGCUUAAUGAUUAUAAGGCAGUGGAGGAAGUGAAGGUGGAUGCCCAAGAGAAGAGUGAGGAGGAAGAGGAAGAGGAUGAGGAAGAGGACAUUAGUUUGGACAGCCUUCUUAAGAGAUCAAGGGAGUAUGUGAAGAAAGAGCAGAGUCAGCAGGGAUCAAAAGCUGUCCGCGCAAUGACCCAGUCUCCCCCACCUGAGACUGACUCUGUCAGUGAAGAGAAGAGCUGCAGCCCUGUGACGGACACAGGCAUUCAGUUUGGAUUCAGUCUGCACCACAGCCCUGUCGGCCCGCCUCAAAUCCAGCAUCAAGUACUGCGUGACUCUAGUCCUCAAAGGUCCAUCUGCCUCUCACCUAGUCUACCAGAACCAUUUUCUUGUCUCCCCAAUCCAGAGACCAGCAUAAGUCCUCGUCCACAGAGACGCAAACCACGCCCAGUUUCCACAGGCAACAUCCAUUUUUCAUUUCCCAUCGGCCCAGCAGACCUUAUUGCUCGAAGCCCAGGACGGUCAGAGGAAGCCAUUGGUGUGGUGGACUGGGGAGAUGCUUCAACACCUCCAUCUCACUGGAGCUCAGUGGGAAUAGAGGGCGUCAGCCGGACUGGCAUUCGUCGAUCCAGCCACUGUGGAACCAGUCCAGUGAAGGAGAACUGUAACCCUGUCAGUGCCUCGGUGCCCAGCUCAAUGGGUGAUCACCUGGCUGCAGGUUUUCGCCGGCGCUGCCACACUAUGGACAGCCAGCUGCAUACCUACCAUUCUGGAGCGGAGCGCAUAGACCGCAGCCAGGAACGCCUCCCUCGCUUCAUGGCAGGAGUUACACUGUUUGCUCCCAGUCGGCGCACACCUGCAGCCCCUUUAAACCAGUCGUAUGAUGUAGAGAAUCCUUCACUGCCUUUCCUGAGGCCCUGUGUGACUCCUGCAGACGAAUCUCCGGGGCCAAACAAUGGCAGGAAAACACCGACUGUCCUCAGACAUGCAGCUGAAGCACAGGCCCGCAAGACAGAUGAGACCCAGUGGCGAGCGCAGGCUCUGGAGGACAUGCAAAGACGUCUUGAGAAGGAGCAUGCCUUGCAGAUGUCUCUGCUCCUCGCUGAGCAGGAGAAAGAGCAACAGCGCCUCCACCUGGUCAGCACAUGGAAUUUAACAGUGACCAUUUUAUAUAGAAGUUUGCCCAGUCCUGUCCCUUCUAGUGCAUCCUCUCCAUGUCUUCAGCCUCCUCUUUAUCUGUGGGGUUCCACGUGGGGGGCUAACAAACCUCGGGCGAGGCAAAGUCUGGUUCUGACAGCUGAUCAGCAGAAAGCAUUUUGCAGAAUUGGUGCUAUCACUCGCGGCUUCCUCACACGCAGACUGCUUAAAACGGAGAAAGUCAAACACCUCCGCCAAACCAUUAUGGAUACGCAGGAGUUCAUCCGUUCAUUUCAAACUGAAGCUCUACAGAAGAGAAGCACCUACACAGCACAAGAUCUCGCCCUGCAGGAGAGAGUUAGAGCCCAGUUACGUGCAGCCCUGUAUGACAUCCAUGACAUCUUCUUUGAAAUGCCUUUGGAGGAUCGCUUAGCAUUACUGCAGCAGGACAGAGAGCUCCGUGUGGAGAGGAAGCUACGAGACAUGGAGAAAGUCAAGUGCCCCAAAGAGAGAGUGGCUCUUUCUGCUGCCACACAGAGGUCUCUGGACAGGAAAAAGAAGGUUGGUGAAUCUCCAGCACAGACUAGGAAGAUGCAGCAGAAGCCAAAAAGCCCCACUACCAACAGAGUCUUGAAGGCAAGCCAAGGACAAAAUGCCUCUGUCCCAGGACAGCUUAACCGUCAGGGGAGCUGGUACAGAAAGACCCCAGAGGAGAGGGUGAAGCGCUCGGAGAACCUGAAGAAGCAACACUCGCUGGGCUAAAGCAUGACACAACAUGCCCCGACCUGUGAACUUGAAUAUUUAGUCUUUUAAUACAAACCUUGUACCACUGAACUUUAGUCAGCGCUGCUAAUCACAUGAUUGUCCUUCAGUUAGCUUUGGAAAUUCACAUGAAUGUAUUCACACACAAAAACACGAUCACAGCGCUGUUGGUUUCUGUUAGUCACUGUUGCUACUCGCCGAAAUAAUUAGUUUCAACAGCUGAUUGUUAUGAUGAAGGAAAGAAUAAGUAGCUGUAGUUAAAUGUAAGCCAUACGAAGCUCAAUUGAAAACAUGUAAAAACAUUUCUGUGCCUAAGUACUCUGCCUUUGUUGUCUGUCAUGUUUUAGCAUGCAUAUAUUUAAUAUCAAAUGCUUAUAGCUGUAAGUUGCACACAGACAGUCACAUAAUGUAGUUGUUCUGAAAAUACAAUAUUUCAAUGUAUAUGAUUUAUUCCUUCAAGGGCUUUAAUUACCAAUUUGUGCAUUGUUUUGUUCUUUAUGCUAAGUGUACUAUAGAAUGUAUAGUACUCUGAGACUGACUCUGAGUCGUAUCAGGGUGUUUUAGUAUUUGGUUUAAAUGCCUAAUGAAACGGAAAAAAGAUAAAUAUCUGUGUUUACACUCUGGCAUGCUGUUACAUUAAUGUAGCUUCACAUGACCACAGAUGCACAGCCGGCAUUCAGUGUGGACUUUGUUUCAGAAAUGACUGAAGAAAAAUAAAUUUACAAGACCAAGAAACAAUAUAAGACAUUUUAAUGAAAUAGUAUUUCUGAAAUAUUGUGUGAACUGAUGCGUUCACUGCAGCACCACGCUGACUUCAUAUUUGUGCACUUGUAGCAUUCAGCAUUGAUGUUUUUCUCCCACAUUGCUGUGUGUGUCUUUUAAAGGAUGAUUUAUUUCAUUUAAAAUGUCAGAUUGUCUUUUUUCUUCAAUGUCCAGAAUAAAAUCUGAAGUUAUUUAAA